AUGGAUUUCAGUAAACAGGAAAAAGAUUAUAAUAGAAGAAAUGAAUGGGAUUGCUAUCGACGAACAACUUUUGGUUUUAAUCGUGAAGAAAUUGGUAAGGACAGGAAAAAUGUGGAUGAUCUUGCGGCACUUGAUAGCAGUAAUGUUGCUGUUGAAAAGACGUUUACUGAAAAUGUUGCUGCCUUGGAAACCGGAGUGUCACAGAAUGCAAAUCCAGAAGGAUUGCAGAAUUUUAUAGUUUAUUUUUGCAUGAGUUCGUUAUGCUCUACCUGCAAAGCGAGAAGUAAGUCAUAG